AUGGAUAUUAUUUUAGGUAUCAAAGUACAGGACUCCGUUAUUCUAGCGACAUCGAAAGCGGUAACAAGAGGUAUAUCCAUCUUAAAAGAUUCAGAUGAUAAAACUAGACAACUAUCUCCUCAUAUCUUAAUGAGUUUUUCAGGUGAAGCGGGUGAUACAGUCCAAUUCGCAGAAUAUAUUCAAGCUAAUAUUCAAUUAUAUGCCAUGAGGGAGGAUUAUGAAUUAUCUCCACAUGCAGUUUCAAGUUUUGUUAGACAAGAAUUAGCUAAAUCUAUUAGAUCGAGAAGGCCAUACCAAGCAAAUGUUUUAAUCGGUGGGUUUGACACGAAGAAGGAUACUCCAGGUUUAUAUCAAAUCGAUUAUUUGGGGACGAAAGUAGAAUUACCUUAUGCUGCUCAUGGUUAUUCGGGAUUCUAUACAUUUUCACUACUCGAUCGUCAUUAUAGACCAGACAUGACCACAGAGGAAGGUUUAAAACUAUUGAAACUUUGUAUUACAGAAUUAGAAAAAAGAAUGCCAGUAGAUUUCAAGGGUGUUUUCGUGAAAGUGGUAGACAAAGAUGGGAUAAGACAAGUAGAUGACUUUUGA